GCAUCUCUAGAAGCUGGAGAAGGCCAGAAAAUGGGUUGUCAUCUAGAGCCCCCAGAAGGAACGCAGCCCUGAAGAUACCCUGGUUGAAGCCAGUGGGACUUGUGUUGUUGGGCUUUCCUAACCCACAGAAUGGCAAGAUGAGAAAUCCGUGUUGUCAUAAGUCACUAAACUUGUGACACCUUGAGACACCAGCAGCCCCAGGAAAUUAGCUUAAGGGCAAACCAGCACUCAUGCUAGAUGGGUUCUCUGGCAGGAGGCUAGGACUGCUGCUGACUGUGAUGACAGGGAUCCCUUCUCAGCGGCAGCCCCCGGGAGGCCCCGCGGAACAGGCUCCAGAGUCCCUUCCCAAGCCCUCCCUCAGGGCCUGGCCCAGCUUGGUGAUGCCUCGCUGGAGUAAUGUGACGCUGCAAUGCCAGACUUCUACCAAGAAUGUCAACUUUGUUCUCAGAAAGGGAAAAGUUCCUUUGGAGUCUGUGCGAUCAUGGAUUCCCACAGAUGGGCUGGCUGAAUUUCAACUCACUGAACUACAACCCAGCGAUGCUGGAGCGUACACCUGUGACUACUACAGACAGCGGGCUCCGCACACACGUUCAAAGCCCAGUGACAUCCUCCUACUACUGGUGACAGGAAGUUUUCUUAAACCUUCCCUGCAAGCCCACCAAAGGAGUGAGGUGACCACAGGAGACACCGUGACCCUGAGGUGCCAGACGCCAGCCAAUGUUUAUGAGACUAUAAUGUUUGCUCUACUGAAGGUGGGAGCAGCAGGGACAGUUCAGCUCCAGGGUCCAGUAAAGAAGGAGACAGACUUCUCCCUCCAGAAUGUGACAGCUGGUGACACUGGGAACUACAGCUGUGUGUACUUCCAGACCAGUGCUCCUUUCUGGGCCUCCGAGCCCAGCGAUCAUCUGGAGAUCUGGGUGACAGAUAAAACUGAAACGAAGCGUCCCAAGACGGUGGGAACAGGAAUAGGGACCCCUGGGAUCACCCUCAUUGUCAUCUCCAUCUUUCUCGUCCUCCUUGGAGCCUUCCUCAUCUGCAAAUACACCCGGUGUGGGGCAGCUCCUCAGAAGGUGACCAAACGCUCCCACUCUGAGGGACCUGAAGAAGUGUGGACAAGUACUCAGCCUGAGAAAGAGAAUGGCGAUCCGUCCGCAGCUAUGACGAGCAGCUCUCUGGCCUUGGUAAGUCUCCCCUGGGCCAUUCCUGUUCCACCCGUAGUCCCAGGCUCUCCAUCACUCCCUCCCUCCGGCUUUGUUAGUGGUUUCCACAUCUGCCAUCCUCCACCCCUACCCUCACUCUACUGUCCAGGAGAAUCUGGUCUGAAAUCUUCUGUGGUUUCUCUGACCAGGGAACCUCCAUCCCAUGACGAGUCCUUUCGGGGAAUAUUUCCCCCGCCUGACAUGGGGUUGAUGCUGCUGUUAUUAUAAACUAUCUGUUUCAAUCCUGGGCCGGUGACCUUCCCACCCUGAGCCUCUGUGUCUUCAUCUGGGCAAAAGGAACAAGGUGCCGCACAUCUGCGAGCUAUUUAUGAAAAUAUGGCAGCCGCCGACCGUGAAGUGGCCACGUAGAACAGCCUGGAGUAGCCCUUGCUUUUGGCAUUUACACUCCAAUUUUUUAAAAAUUGUGGCAAAAUGCUCAUAACACAAAAUUCACCAUUUAAUCAGUACAAUUUAGCGACUGUUGGAGUAUUCAUGAUGUUGGGCAAGAAUCACCAUCAUCUAGUUCCAGAACAUUCUCAUCACCCCAGAGGAAACACCUGUAAGCACGGUCUGCAUGCCCACCUCCUGCCCCGGCCAAGCCCCUGACCACCACUAGCUUUCUGUCCCUAAGGACGGACCUAUUCCGGACAUUUCAUAUUAACGCUCUCUCUGACGGCUGUUUGUGUGAAUUAUCUAUGGUUUCAUAACCAAUCAGUCCCAAACACACGACUGAGGGCAACACUUACAUCUCAGCGGGGUCUGCAGGUCGGGAAUCUGGGUGUGGCUCAGGCUGGGUCCCACAGCCUGGGAUCAAGGGGUUGGCCAGGGCUGGUUCAGGCUUCGGUAAGAAAGCGUUUGUUUCCACACUCACUCAGGUGGUGGCUGGCGGGGUUCUGUUCCUCACUGGCUAUCCACCAGAGACCACCCUGGCCACAUGGGCCUUUCCACAGGACAGCUCGUAACACAGCAGCUGGCUCGGUCAGCAUGAGCGAACGACCUGAAAAUAGGUGGGAACAAGAGGGAAGUCCUGUCUUUCGUCACCUAGUCUUGGACACGAAGGCACAGGACAGCCCAUCCUUUUCACUUAUCCCGUUGGACACAGGCAUGCCCCUAGGUCCCACCAACCUUCCAGAGGGUAGGGGAAUGCACCAAGACUCGAAGAACAGGAGGCUCUUUCUAACACAGCUGUCUACCACACUGCUGUCGCAAAUGCUGAAUCUUCAUCACCAACCUCCUCCCCAGGAAUACUUGGUCCUCUUCUCCUUGCUUCCCUUCAGGAUAGAGCAUCCCUGGUCUCAAGAGCUGAGGAGCCCCACGAAGUGACUUAUGCUGAGCUGAACACCAGAGCCCUAAGCGAGCGUCCUUCCAGCCAGACAGAG